ACCAACCUCAGAUGCUAGAUAUGCUGUGGCAAUGUCUCAGACAGCCACAGAGAGAGAGAACUGAGGUAACUGCAUGUGCUAAUGAACUAGAAGAAAACUACAGGAACUGACAGUUGGAGGAGGGUGAACCAUAUUCACCAACGCUCUCACUGUCACACGCUAAACUACGAUGCAUCAAGGAACAGACUGCGCUCUCUUGGGAGCAUCAGGAGGGACAUCGCCACCUGCUCUGCCCAUCAAACAGCGCAGGAGCAGGUCUUCUUCAGGCUCCAUCCGGGAUCUAGAACUGAAGGUGGGAGAUCUACUCUUGUCUGGACCACAGACCCCUGUGUCUCCAUUUACUGAAGUGUUCACUCCUACUUACUGCAAUGCAGUCCACUGUCCAAUACAUCAUCGCUAUGAAAAUCACCAGGUGAGAUUCUUCUCAGAAGAAACUCCUCCUCCAGUACCCAAAAAGAGUUUGAAAAGAACCCAGUCCCUCCCAGUCGAGACUGUGGACCCACCUUACGACGAUCAUACAAGAACCUGCAAUUAUGAAAAUCCCCUAUACAUGAUAACACCAUUUCACAACACACUCGCACUACAAGAGGAAGAAGUACACGUGGAGGAAUAUCAGGGUCUGCCCUUGCACAACGUGACCUUUGAUACACCAGAUGAGCAACUUCAAAGUGUCUUCAGAAGCUUCCAGAGCCAUGAGCAAGUUUCCAUGGGCAUCCAAGAGUGUUAUCUUCAGUUUCUCAAGAGCAUGUUGCAGAACAUUGAAUCGAGCAUCUAUCUAAACAACCAGGAAAUGGAGAUGGCAAAGACUUGUCAGCCUAAUGACUUUAUCUUGUGUGAGCAGCAGUGGACUGAUGCUUUCUACUUGGUGCGUUGUUCGAAGGUUCCUGGGAGGCUGUUUUCAGCAAAGGUUCACAGAGGAGAUUCAGUAUCAGACUGCACCAUAUCCAUGCCACAUCCUAACACUGAGCAAGGGUUGGUCCAUUUUCCACAGAGUACAGCUCCCAAUCAAACUUCCACCUCAGAACAUGCUCAGACAACUCCAGAGCCUUCACAUGUGGACACCUCUGAAGUAGUCCAACAGCAAACAGUCGCUGAUCUUCUAGAGAAAGGUGUUAGUGUGACCGUGGUAAGAGACUUUCCGUUGGGAACACUGGAGGACUUUGUUGAGGAAGGACAAUCUUUGCACACCACACUUCCCGAGGUCUAUGAGAGGAGGCUUUGUCUUCUUGCCCUUCAGUUGGUACUAGGACUACAGCAACUGGGACGUUUUAAGGUCAUUCACAAGGAACUGAAACCACAGAGCAUGACAUUAGUGUGGCCUAGUAUCAUGCGCAAGGUGGAGGACUCUAGGGAUUACCCUAGUGAGAUGAAAAAGGGAAGCAUGAAUACAGACACUUGUGUAGGCACACCUGUGAUCAUAGUGUCCGAAGAGCAAACAGACAAUGAGAGGACAAAAAGUGAGGUUUGUCAAACCUUAUGGGAGAAGUUGGGCACCCCUCGUUUGGUCUUGGAGAGCCAUUCUGAGAAAGAAGUUUUGCAAGAACCAACAUCCCAAGAGUUCCAGUUUGGGACUUUGCUGAGGUACUGCCUACAUCUCAGCGACACAUGCUCAUCUGUGUGGAAGGUGCCACAUGACACUCCAUACACUCCAGGUUUGCUGUGGCUGGUCACCCAGCUUACAUCUGAGAAACCUGCGCUAUCAUUAGCCGAUGUGGUGGGUGUCCUUCAGGCCUUGCUUUGGGGUCCCCGACAGGGACUCUUUCAGCAGAACCAAAUGGAGAACUCUGUGCUUUCUAAUUGGCUGCUACUUAAGCGAUCUCUUUUGGUUCUCAAGCUUGCCGAAAAGGGACUCUUUCAGGAUCAGCCUGGCUUGGACUGGGAAGACUAUCUCUGUCUGCAAUAUCUAUCCCUUACCGACCCAGAGACUAUGCGUAGCAUAACUGAACGUAUGCGCCUUCAGGACUUUGUUAGACCUGCUUAACAAAUCAAAAUGUAAAUAAUGACAACAAUUGAGAAUUGGUGAGCCUCAGAUAUACUAUAACUAGAUCAGGGGUACUCAAACCCGGUUCUGGAGGACCGGUGUCCUGCGGAGUUUAACUCCAAACCCAAUUAGACACCUGAACGAGUUAAUCAAUCUCUUACAGGCAUACUGGAAACUUCCUGCCAGGUGUGUUGAGGCAAGUUGGAGCUACACUCUGCAGGACACCAGCCAUCCAGGACAAAGUUUGGGCACCCUGAACUAAUCUAUACUACGUAGAGCAGGGGUCAUCAGACUCGGUUCUGGAGGGCUGGUGUCCUGCAGAGUUUAGCUCCAACCCCAAUUAGACACUCCUGAACCAGCUAAUCAAGCUCUUACUAGGCAUACUAGAAACUUCCUGACAGGUAUGUUCAGGCAAGUUGGAGCUAAACUCUGCAGGACACCCGCUCUCCAGGACCGAGUUUGGGCACCCCUGAACUAGAUUAAUCUAUACUACGUAGAGCAGGGGUCACCAGACUCGGUUCUGGAGGGCCAGUGUCUUGCAGAGUUUAGCUCCAACCCCAAUUAGACACUCCUGAACCAGCUAAUCAAGCUCUUACUAGGCAUACUAGAAACUUCCCAACAGGUGUGUUGAGGCAAGUUCGAGCUAAACUCUGCAGGACACCAGCCCUCCAGGACCAAGUCUGGGCACCCCUGAUAUUAAUGAACUGCGGUAACUUUUGGAGCCCUGUACAGUAUACAAAAAAAUCUAGAUGUUGUGGCCACAACUGAAGUUUAAUUUAAUUAAAAUUAAAUUUGUGCUUUUCGGGAAAUCAUUGCUAUGUUGUACUAAUUUGUUUUUCAUUUAGGCAAAUUGUUGCCACAAUUUAAGUAAACAAAUUCUUAAUUUGUGACCACAAUACCUUUUUUUUAUCAUGCCCAAGGCCCAUACAUAUGCAUCACUACUCUUUCCAUGUUUUCCCUAAUUCUUUUUGCUACAAAAUAAACAUGUAAAACACUGGUUACAUAUUUAAACCGCUUUAUCUUAUUCAAAGAGGUCAGGUUACUCUCAUUUACAGUAAGGCCCUACGCAAUAUAAACUAUGUAUUAUUACAAAAUCAGCUUAUUGUUGGAAUUCGACCUUGUGGAGUUUACUUAUUAACAAUACGUGGAAAAAUGAAUGUUACAAAA